ACCCUAAGCUAACGUGAUGAAGUAAAAUUAAAAGUGUGUUAUUUGACUCGCUCUUUCGCUCACUCUCUUCUUCCUCCAAUUCCUGAAAUUCCCCUCUUUAGAAACACUAAUCACUCCAGAAAUCUCAAUUCCCUAACAGAGAAUCCAUCAAUUUCUUUCUCACUUUCUCCCCCCCCCUUCCAAAACCCCCAAAAUUUCAUUCUCAAAAUUGAAAAUUUCAAUGACCUAAAUCAGAUCUAGCUUUCUUCAGUCUUCUUUUCCCAAAAUUAGGUUUUAAUGGCACCAAGUAAGAGAAGAAGAGGUGGUUCUAAAAAAUCUUCCUCUGCUGCUGCUAAGAAACGUAAAAAAUCUGGGAAUAAAACUGAAAUUCCUACCGAAAAUGAAUUGCCCCAAGAAGAAGAAGAAGGGAAAGAAAUCGAGACAGUGGUGGUAGAAAUAGAAGAAAUUCCCGCAGAUCCUCCUGUUGUUCCUUCAAUUCCAGUUGAACCUCCUGUAGAUUUUGGUAAGGCUUCUUCUACUGCUAAGAAUGGUGAAAAAUUGGGGAAUGAAAAUGAAAUUUCAUCUGAAAAUGUAUUGACCCAAGAAGAAGAAGUAGAAAUAGAAGAAAUUCCUGCAGAUCCUCCUGUUGUUCCUUCAAUUUCAGUUGAACCUCAUGUAGAUUGUGAUAAAGCUUCUUCUACUGCUAAGAAUGGUGAAAAAUUGGGGAAUAAAAAUGAAAUUUCAUCUGAAAAUCUAUUGACCCAAGAAGAAGAAGAAGAAGAAAGAGUGGUGGAACAAACACUGGCACCUAUUUUAUCUGCAGUUGAAACUCUUGUAGAUUUGUAUUCUGACUCUGCACCCAACACUAAACUACCCUGCCGUCGUGCCGUGAAAUCUGGUAGAGAUUCUCCUGUAGGAGAUGUUUCUUCUGAACAACAACAAUUGUGUGAGGAUCAAACAGCAGUGGAGGUUGUUGAUUGUACACAAGAUGAUAACAAGGAGAAAGGAAAAGUAGAUUUGACACAGAGCUUUGUGAGCGAUCAGGUUUUUGACUCACCUGAUGCUCUUAUCGAGUGGUGUCAGGAGGUUGGAAGAAAAACUAUGUCUGUGAUUGUGGUAACUAAGUCAAGGAAACCUGUUCUAGGAAGGCCUGCAAUGUUGGAAUUAGGGUGUGAAAGAGGUGGUGUGGACCAAGACCAUAACAAAAAAACAGAUACACCAACACUGAAAGACCUUACAAAAAAGAGAGAAUCAAGGCCGAGAAAAUGUGGAUGUCCUUUUACACUAAAAGGAGUGUGGAUGGAAGGUGAUAAAUGGAAGGUCAGGGUGCACUGUGGAGCACACAAUCAUGAGCUACCAGAAAUGCUUGUUGGCCACUCCGACGUAGAUAGGUCAAAGGAGGAGCAAAAGGAAAUAUUAGUUGAUCUGACUAAAAGUGGUGUUCGACAUCGGCGAGUGCUUAGCCCACUCAAACACAGAAGCAGAGAGAACAUGUCAAGAAUGAGGACAAUUUAUAAUUAUAGCGCAGCAAUAAAACUUACGGAGGUUGAAGGGAAGUCAGUAAUGCACAGUCCUUCUAGUGUAAACGUGUCAACAAUGAAGACAGUUGAGAAUGCAAGUUCAGCAAUAAAACUUACGGAGGUUGAAGGGAAGUCAGCAAUGCACACUCCUUCUAGUGUAAACGUGUCAACAAUGAAGACAGUUGAGAAUGCAAGUUCAGCAAUAAAACUUUCGGAGGUUGAAGGGAAGUCAGCAAUGCACACUCCUUCUAGUGUAAACGUGUCAGCAAUGAAGACAGUUGAGAAUGCAAGUGCAGCAAUAAAACUUACUGAGGUUGAAGGUAAGUCAGCAAUGCAACAGGUAUUGGGAUUGCUGUUGAAACACCAUUACGUGGAAUGGCAUAGGAGAGAUGAAAAGUCAGACGAGCUGAAAGAUAUCUUUUGGGCCCAUCCAGAAUCUUUACAAUUGGUCUUGGGUUUCCAUUCGGUGCUCAUUGUUGAUAGCACUUACAAGACCAACCGGUUUGGUUCACCUUUGCUUCGGAUUGUUGGUGUUACUUCUACAGGAAAAUUGUUCACCGUUGCAUUUAUAAUCUUGGAGGCAGAGACAGAAGAUCACUAUGUUUGGGCUUUGACUCGUUUAAAGAGACUAUUUUCGCCAAAUGCGCUACCAUCUACCUUUGUAACAGAUGGAGAGCUCAAAUUAGUGAAUGCAAUAGGUACAGUCUUUCCAAAAGCAAAAUGGCUGUUUUGCUCAUUGCAUGUCUUAAAAAAGGUUUCAGAAAAUUGCAAGCAAUACUUUGAGUCCGAUGAAGAAUUUGAAAGAUUUAUGAAAGAGUGGACAAAUCUGACUCAUGUGAGGACCAAAGACGAGUACGCUGAUGCUUUCUGUGACUUUGUAUUGACAUGGACAAGCUACCCUGGAUGCAUCCAGUAUUUACGUGAUAAUUGGCUACGACAUAAAGAGCAUUAUGUACCGGCAUGGACAAAGUUCAUAAAGCAUUUUGGAAACACGUCAAUAAAUAGAGUUGGCAGUUCUCAUGCUAUUCUUAAGAGUCAGCUAGCGGCUAAUAACUUCUCGAUUUGUUGGACGACAAUGCACAAGAUGAUAAGCGACGAGAUAAUAGACAUUAAGGCCUCCUUCGAGAAGAGUCUGACAUCCGUUCCAGACGAAUAUCUGCUUCCUGCUUUUAAAGAAUUGCGGGGUUGUGUUUCACAUAAGGCGAUGGAAUUUUUAUUGUUGGAGCACAGUCGUUCUGAAGAUGUAGGCUUCGAUGUAGGAGUUUGUGGGUGUGUCCUUCGCCUCUCUUAUGGGCUCCCUUGUGCCCACGAGAUAGUACAAUAUUUUCGUAAUGGUACAGAAAUACCUCUUUCUAAGAUUGACUCCCAGUGGAAACUACUUUCAACUAUACCAGUGCCUGAAGAGCAUAGCGAGUUCGAUUACCUUCCAGAGUUGAAAUCAGUCAGGGAAAGGUGGGAAAAGGCAUCCAAAUUUGAACGCAAGAUAAUGCAGAAGAAGUUAGAGGAAACUGCAUGCUUGUAGAGUUUUCUGUUGGUGUUCAAUUUUGAAUGAUCUGGAACUGAUGUGUCAGUUAGAUCAACUGCUUGAGUCGGUUUUAUCACUUAUCAGGAGAUGUUAGAGAUCCUGGGGAAGGACCACAUCACAGUAGUAUUGUUACAUCUUUUACAACUCAGAUGGACGAGCCAAGCUACACGAUGUAAAGUUUCAGAUACAUGCUCGGGCAGCAAAAAUGUUAGUAUAUCUGAUAAUAUUAGACUUGGUCUCUUUUUGCCUUGGAUCAGCUAACUGCAUGUCCCUCUGUUUUCAUCUGUGCUAUGUAAUGGCAUCUUGAUUCUUGGUAGAAAAGUAAUGUACAGUAAGUGUUCGGAGAACUGGUCUGUUGGUGUAUGAUUACAAACAUUCUGUUGUAAACUUGUAGUAUGUAAAGUCUUGACGAGUUAAACUAAUUACAAGGGUAUGCACCGUGAAUGCAUCCUAUGUGGCGUCGUACUCAUUGUUUGUGUUGAAUCAGAUUGUUUUUCAGUUUUGAGUUACA